AAAAGCCCUACCGAUCCCAACUUCCAUCAUCCUUACACAGAAAAGCCUCAUCUAUGUCCCUUGUUAGAAUGCGUCUCUGCACUGGGUAGACUGGGGGACACCGCCAUUUUCCUCGACUCCCUCAUCUCCACUUCAGGUUUCGCCUCAAACAGAACCUCUCGGGUACCCACCACCACAGCAUGCCCCUCCGGAUCGUAGGCAUUCACGGCCCGCUACCGUUCUCCUCUUUGCCCAGCUCCAUUGUUGUCCGAUAUCCAUCCUUGACUGGAGGAUAAGGCAGGUUUUGUCGAUUGAGGCGCACCCGGUUAACACUUCUUGGGACGCGGACAACUCUCAGCCACCUGUGUAGCCUUUCUAUCGAAACUACCUACGCGGCUUCAACACUUUCAAAUCGCCAUCUUGGGCAACGGAACUCCUAGGUUGGGUCGAUUGCGUAGCCUUCAUUCACCUGUUGUGGGCUCGGGAAGGCAAAGGUUCAUCCGUCUGUUGCAUAUGAUGUGCUGAUUUCGAUCCGGGCUGUUUUCCUCUUACACGACCUACGCCCACUUGCGACACGAUUCGAAACGCAACCACCCCAACUCCCAGCGCCCUACGAUACGGGUUUCCUCAGGUGACGGUGCUUCGUCCAACACCACUUGACACCCGCUGUCCUUGCCCCAACAACAUAACAAAGAUUGUGCUCAAUAGCCUUGAUGUGUGGCCUGAGGUGCGCUGAAGAUUUUGUAUAUAAGACUGGCUGGACUGCACGUGGGACAGUCUGGCAAUGAGUACCUGGUCCUGCGUUAGGCUGCGACGUUGGGUCAGUUAAGAUGACGCAAACUUGGCCGCCGUCCCCAUGCGUGGAGGACGAAGAAGUGGCAUUAGCGAGGGAACACAUACCUGGCAUCACUCUACAUCAAUUGAAAAGCGAGAAUCAACCUGCAAGCAGUAGGGGCUCGGUGGAUCAGUAUCCCAUCAUCCUCGACAACAAAGCCCCGGUCCAAUCUUGCCCACCCAAGGAGAGUGAGCUGGCGUCGGAUGGCACAUCUCCAGAUUCUCAUCGACAACCAAUUGUCAACACGGAGACGAGGUUCGUCCUCGUGCCCUCUCAGCCUUUGGAAUCUGAACCCGAAAAAUUCCUGCAGACCGAGCCAUUGCAACGAUCUAGAUCAACAACUCAGCUCCCAGAGCAUGCUGGACCAAGGGGAAGACCUCAAGUCACAAGGAUACACACAGAUCUGGGGCCAGGCCUUGAGGGCAUGCGGACAGGCCAUCGCCGUGCUCCUUCUCCCUACGCUCAUACUCCUGCUGGGUUGGGGGCAACGCUUUCUUCCGAGGCUCAACGUAACAGUACGUUGUUGACGCCGAUGCAUGCUCAUGAGCCGAGAAGGUCCGUCUCUGUACAUCCUAGAACAGGAGGAUUGGACCGAGACAGCAGUGACUCCGAUCGGAAAUCCAAGACGAGAAGGAGAACAGAACGAAGUCGAAGUCGGGCUGCAAGGGAAAGCUUCUCUCAUUCAGACAGGUCAGAAUCUGAAAAGGUCAAGUCGUCGAAGCCCUCUGCGCGAAACGAAAGUCCCGACGGCAAAUUCAGUCGGCGCGCUCAUCGAUAUCGCAGCCCUGCUCCGUCGCAAGGAGGGUUUACCGGCUAUACCUACACUGGCCAAGACCACAUUACGCCUCCCCAGACCCCAAAGUUAAACGGAGACUCUGCACGAUCGUCUGUAAUUGACCAUGCUACUGCCUCUGAACAGCCUGGCAACCGUCAGACGUCAUCAAGGUUGACUGCGGAUUCGCCAUACACCUCUUCCGCUGAGGAAAGUCAAAGCCGUCGCCAGCGGUCAGUUGAUGAGAGAAAGGCUGAUCGAGGAGGCUUGUCGAGACGAAACUCGCGAAACUGGAGCGACAAGGACGAGAGACCGAAGCUAACCCGUACCCGCUCUCGGUACUAUGGCACGUCGUCCAAAGACGAGUCGAACAAAGAGGAAUAUCCCUCAAGUGACCGACCAUAUCGUGAGGUCCAGCCAGCCCCCUCUGCUCGAACGACGUCCGGCAUGGAGGACUUUCUCGAAGAGGCUUUCAAAGCGAAUAAAAACAAACAACUCAACUAUGAGGACAGCAAUUCUCGCCAUGUUUCUCCGCGCGGCUCCCCAGCGCACAGUCCGCCACAGACACCUCGAGGCGCCGACCGAUCACCCAGAGACUAUUUUGAACAGUCUCACUACGCGUCAAGGUCGUCUAAGCAACGGUCUCGUCCACAGUCGAUUGACGACACACAUUUCAAAGACAUUAAGAAUGUCACAUCUCUUCUAGGAGCCGCAACAUUGGGUGCUUCCCUAGCGGCUAAGGCGAUCCCUGCCCUGUCUCGAUCAAACACUUCGCAGUCUGUGGAGACACAAAGUAGUGGCUCUCAGAGUAGGCCAAGCAGCGGUCAGCGUUCAAGAAAGCCUUCUCCUGUUAUGGAAGAGUCUCAGCCAGUGUAUCAGAGCCUAUCAAGGACGAAUUCCGUUGUAGGUCGAAAUGAGGGCACGAAUGCGCGGACAACAACCUACACGAUAAACGAAGACCGUUCAGCGUCCAAGAGUGUGCUGUACCCACCGGCGCCACCUGAGUCGCCCCGUACAGCGUCGAGAUCAUCUUCUUAUUCCCAUUCUCCUGAGCUGCGCCCUCCAGCCCCUUUCAGGGCCUUUUCAAGCGUGCCUGGUCAAGGGCAUCAGCAGCCACAUCACUUCCCUACCCAACCAGCGCUGAUGUCGAGUCCAAUGAACCUGGAGCUUCCGAGCAUCUUGUCCAACAGCCCACCCAGACCAAACUCGUUGCCUCCGUGUCCGCGGUCGAGACCGGCAGCUGGACAUCAUGAUUGGUACACAAUUCGGGAUAUGUCAUUCCUCGAUUUUUGUCCGUCUUGCAUGAGUUUUCUCGGCGCUACCCGCUUUCGCGACCAUUUUGUCCCGAGCCUACCGAAAGAGCCCCGCCGGCCGAUCGCUUGUGCGAUGAGCUUCCUAUGGCUUCGGGUUGCUUGGCUGCAAUCGAUACGACAAGACAGAAAGGAUCUUAUGCUUGUCUGGCAAAUCGCCAAUGGUCCGCCAUCCGGGACCAAGCCAUGCGCUGGUAGUAAGGCCGAUGUGAGAAGAUGGUAUCAUCUAACCGAUCCUAGAACGAAAAAGCCCGUGGACAAUUUCGACGUAUGCUCCGCCUGCGUAAGAAAUAUUGACCUGAUCUUUCCUGCGCUUCAAUUCUGCGUAUUCGAUCGACCGCAGGAGAAGAAAGAGCAAGAGAAGAUAUGCAAUCUGAACACAAACAGCCGUCAUUUCUUGCCCAUGCUGAACGAACUGGAGCGACUAGCUGAGCGCUCGAAGGAGACCAUGAGGCACAGGGACUUUCAGGAGUUUGUGGAUUUUGUUCGCCGCACUUCACGCAAUCGACACUGUGUGAAGGACACCUUACUGGCAACCCAAUCUUGGCACUACAUCUCUGAUCUUCCAGAGUUUACAAUCUGUGAAGAGUGUUAUGAGGAAGUUGUGUGGCCUCUCAGGGAUCGACCGAUUGCACGAGACGUCUCCAAGACACUCAAACUUGUGCCCAUUUUGCGCAAAAACUCUUUACUUCGAGGAACAAGUUGCCAACUUUACAGUGAUCGCAUGAGAAGGAUUUUCCAUGAUGCGGUGAACCGGAACGAUUUUGAGAGCUUGAAGUCGGCAGCUAGGUACCGCUACAAUAUGGAGCAUCGGUUGCAGGAGAUGCACAAAUUGUACGAAAUGGAUUUGCAAGCCGGCAUCGAUCGGAGAUCGGAGAUGGAGAAGAACAUUUCCAUCUGGAAGUCUAUCGAAUAAUGACUGAUGCGAGCACGGAUUCAGGACUGGGGGGAUAUGGGGAAAAUCCGGGGGCACAGGGGUUGGGUUCGAUUUCUGGGGAGCAGUCAAGCAGGCUAAACUUAUCACACAACAUCUGAAUAUUGAAAUGGAUGACAACGGUCGGCGUCCACGUGAAAGAGAGAUCUCCUGCCAGAGAGAUAGACGUGUUAUGUGAAGACUAUGCCACCAUCCACAACGAUAGUUUGGCCAGUAACAAAAUCCGAGUCAGGACCACAUAAGAAGCCGCCAACAACCUUGCUCACAUCUUGGGGUACGCUCACUCUGCCCAUAGCCGUCAUUUCGAGACUCAGCCUCGCCGCAACCUCUCCAGGCUGUUUCCCCUCCAUCUCGGCAAGUUUUCGAUCAAUCUUGUCCAUCAUAUCUGUCCCGACUAUCCCAGGGGCAUAGCAAUUGACACUGAUCUUGUGUUUGGCCAUUUCCAUAGCGAAGACCUGAGUAAGACCCCGAACAGCCCAUUUUGACACUGAAUAGUGCGGGAGAAGCGGAAAUGGCUUCAACGCCAGAAUCGAAGCUGCUCCGAUGAUCUUGUAUCCCGUACUGCCCGGGGGAGCUGGCCCCUGCGCAAUCAUCUGUUUAGCGGCGUUUGUAUAACAAUGCCAUACUCCCAGGAAAUUGACAUUGAAAAUCUUGACUACCUC